AUGCAUCGUCUGGAAUGCAGUUCCAGUGGUUGCUCAAAGAAUGCAGUCGUAAGGAGAGCGGCUGAUGAGACGGCUCUUUGCGCUCCUUGCUUUACGGAACGUUUCGAACAGGAUGUUCAUAAUACUAUCGUUUCUACGAAUUUAUUUAAACGUGGAGAGCGCGUUGCAAUUGGAGCAUCUGGUGGGAAGGAUUCUACCGUAUUGGCUUAUGUGAUGAAGGCACUUAAUGAGCGGUAUGAUUAUGGACUAGAUUUAAUACUGUUGUCAAUUGAUGAAGGAAUCAAGGGUUAUCGUGACGACUCUCUCAAGGCUGUUGAGCGAAAUCAUGUGGACUAUUGCAUGCCAUUGACAAUUCUUACUUACAAGGAUCUCUAUGGUUGGACUAUGGACGAGAUAGUUGCCAAAAUUGGGAAGAAAAAUAACUGUACAUUUUGCGGCGUAUUCCGACGGCAAGCUCUGGAUCGAGGUGCGUAUAAAUUAGGUGCGACCAAAUUAUUAACUGGCCAUAACGCGGAUGAUAUGGCGGAGACCGUGUUGAUGAAUGUCCUCCGAGGUGAUGUUCCUAGACUUCAGCGGUGUACCAGUAUCAUUACCGGGGAAGAAGGCGAACUUCCACGCGCCAAACCACUAAAGGCUAACCACGCAGAGUACUGCUUCGAAAAGGAUAUAGUUAUGUACGCUCGCCUGAACAAAUUGGACUAUUUCUACACUGAGUGUAAAUAUGCGCCUGACUCCUACCGCGCGUACUCAAGGACAUAUGUAAAGGAGCUAGAGCGCAUACGGCCACAGACGAUCUUGGCAUUAAUUGAGUCGGGUGAAAACAUUAUUGUGAGAAAAGAAGUGGUUAUGCCAAAACUCACUAACUGUACAAGGUGUGGUUACAUUAGUAGUAAAUCACUUUGCAAAGCGUGUUUGCUUUUGGAAGGUUUAAACACCGACUGUGCUGGUUUGGGAAUCAAACGAAAGCCUAAAAAAGUUGCUGUUGUUGAUGACGAACAAGCGCAAAGUGCUGAAAAGGCUCAAGGUUGCGGCACUGCUUCCUGCGAUUGCGGUCAGAAUCCAGGAACUUCAUUUUAA